GUUACGAGAAUUUAUUAUACACUCGAGCAUUUAUCCUGCACACGAAUGUACUCUCCGAAUGCCUUGUUUUAGAUUUCUGUAUCUCUAUAUCGACAAUAUACCAUCACGUGAUGAGAGACAUACUUACGAAGAAAAAUACUUCUGUUUCAUCUAAGAAUAUCUCCAUCUUGUAUGAGAUUCCCCUCCCUCAAUAUCGCCACGUCACUGGAGAAUAAAAUACAAAAGAAUUGGGAGUAACGGGUUUAAAGCCCAAUUAUCUCAAAGUUUGGGGCAAGAUAAACCCGAAACCCGUUUAAAUUUGGAACCAAGUUUAUCAACUCCCAUGGAAACGUGUUCGUAAAUUGUGGAGCUGUGUGUAGUAAAAGACUGCAAAAUCUUCUUCGAUGGCAGCUUCUGCUCUUGCUUUCUCUCUGAAAACUUCACUCAACAAUUCUCCUCUGCUUUUUAUCCCUUCAAUUUCCUCAAAUCCUCUGCUGCCUCCAAAGAUUUCAACCCUUUCUUCUUCUUCGUCGUCGGAAAAUUACAGAAGCCAUCAGUUGAAGCUCCUCAAGAGCACCCCAAGAGCCUCUUCUGAAAGAGAAGGAGUUCCUGGUGAGUUGAUUGAAGAUUCAAAAUUCGUUCCUCUAAAUGCAGAUGAAAUGAUAUUUGGUCCACCUGCUUUGUUAUUGUUGGGGUUUGAAGCGGAGGAAGCUGAGAAGAUCCAACAGUUUUUGAAACAGCUAGAUGGAGAAUUCCUCAAGGUUAUUUAUUGUACUGAAGACAUGAUUACUCGUUCACUUUGGGACGCGAUGAAUACAAGCCAGCCAAAUUUGGAAGCAUUAAAGAUUGCUAAGCCGCUGCCACGAAUCUGUUUCUUCUCUGGUCUCAGUGGGGAGGAGAUGAUGGUGUUCAUUGAUUCUUUCCCGGAAUCAGGACUCGAACCAGCCAUUUUUGCAGCUCUUGUUCCCAACAGUGCCGAUAAACCACUGGCGGAGUUGAUAGAAGAGAUCGUGGGGGACCAUGAAAUGCUAACUGCGAAAGAAAAGGAAAAUGCAUAGGCUAUGCGGAAUCGACCAUUCAAGAUUCAGUUUUGUUUUUGCGCUUGAAACUUGCUUGUAGUUUAUGCAAUGUUUACAUUAGAGAGGUAAUGUAAUCUUCAAAGUUAUUGGAAUUCUCGCUAGGGGUUUAUAGCUCAAGCGAUUAUGAGUAUUUACUCUGCACCCGAAGUCCUAGGUUCGAUUCCCCCUUGCUCCAGUAUCGCUUGUAGAAAGAAAGUUGUUGGAAUUCUCAAAAUUAUAUUGACUCUAUAGAAACCCUAUAAAUCUUGCCACUC